GAUCCCCACUUGGUUUCCCGUCGCCGUCUCUUCUCACACAAAGUUCUCGCCCUACCGCCAAUCUCGACUUCAUCACCGCCCCACUCGCUCCUUCGUCGAGGGCCUCCGCCUCCGAGACAUCCGCCGCCGCCGCUGCCGUCUACGACGACCACCAAAUCCUUGUCGCCAAGAUUAGGUUAUUGGUCCAGCUGAUAAGGACAUGAUUCUGAAUGGAUGUGUCGCGAUGAAACCUGGGCCUUGCAAGGCAAUUAAUUACUCCAAUAUGUCUUACUUUUCCCACGAUCGGGCAUUUUCAGCAUCUCCGAAGGUUAAGAAUUUGUGUGCUGCUUCUCAGGAGUUUGACCCCUUGCCCUCAAGAGGUUGCAAUGUCACACAUUUCUCAAGUGUGUUGUCCUCGUUCCAAAGUGGACAUCAUAGAAGUCUUUCAAGUCUGGUUCCUGUUUUCCCUAAACUCUGCACUUCAGGCCCCAGACACCGCAUGGUUCCUAGAGCAUCAAAGGAUGUCCCUUUGAGCUUUCGCUAUCCUCCAAUGACAAAGAAGCCAAGGUGGUGGUGGAGAGCCGUAGCCUGCAUACCUUACCUCAUGCCCCUCCAUGAGACAUGGAUGUAUGCCGAGACUGCUUUCCAUCUCCAUCCUUUUCUGGAGGACUUCAAGUUCCUUACUUAUCCCUUCCUUGGCUCCAUUGGGCGUUUGCCUAGCUGGUUCCUUAUGGCCUACUUCUUUGCUGCCUACCUCGGGGUGGUGAGGAGGAAAGAAUGGCCGCACUUUUUCCGUUUUCAUGUUGUAAUGGGUAUGCUGCUCGAGAUAGCCCUCCAGGUUAUAGGAACUGUGAGCCGUUGGAUGCCGCUUGCUGUGUACUGGGGCAAGAUUGGAAUGCAUUUCUGGACUGCGGUUGCAUUUGGCUACUUGUUCACGGUGCUGGAGUGCAUGAGGUGUGCACUAGGAGGGAUGUAUGCUGACAUUCCUUUUGUCUGUGAUGCCGCAUACAUUCAGAUUCCAUAUGACUGAGAAUGAAAGUGGUUUAGAGCUCGUCUUUGUGCUGAGUUGUUUGAAGUAAAAUUUCCAUGAGAAAACUUUCUCUCUUUUGGGAAUUGGAACCCAUAUUUGAUGUAUUUAGAACACAAAGGUCAUCGAAUUAGCACAUGAAUCUUGUUGGCUGAUGUCCAUGUUUAGAUAGGCUAGUGUAACUCUUGAUGGUUAACAUCACAUCAUGACUCAAAUCUCUUAUCAUUGUAUCGGCUAUGGAUUUCUGCUUGUAUCUUUCUGAAGUUUUUUGCUUUCUAAUUACUCUUCUUGCCAUAAGUAAAUUUAUGCCGAACUUAAGGGCUGUA